CAAGGUUCAGAAGUCUGGAGAGGAAGUUAAAAUGCAUGAGGUUUUAGUAAAUGGUGUCAUCACACCUAAGCCAGUUGUCCUUUAGUGUUUCAGAUUAGCAGACCACAGUUUUUACCGGCCAUAAGUCACAAAGAUGAACAGAAGGAUGCUCUGUAUCGCUCUCUUCAUUGCUGUUCUGCCCUGUAUGGCCGAAGCAAACGAAGAACUUAACAGCCCAUAUGAUAUGACAAUGAGUCAUUUGGAUAAGAGCUCGGCCCCUGACACCAGCAAGAAAACCCCCGAGGUGUCACCGUCUUCACCAUGCUGUGGACUGGAUGAGCUCAAGCAUUCGCUCGCACAGCUAAUCCAGGAAGAACAGGAGAGCAGGGGCUGGUACGGCGAAAUGGUGAAGAUCCUAAAUCAGAUGGUGCAAGAAAACAAGGAGGUGGCCAGCGUUCAGGCCGAGAUCCUGAAGGUCCUGCGGGCCACGAGCGACCAAGGCGAGCAGCAGCUUCUUCAUCUCCAGAGCUUGGCUCGUCUUCAGAGCCUCCUCGUGGAGAACCACCAGGCGUUGCUGCUGCAAGUGUCUCGCAUUGCUACCACACUGCAGGAUUCGGCUAAGAGACAGGGCAAAUAAAUGCAUGGGCAAAACGACCAUAUGAAGCAUUUCAAGGGCAUAUUAUACUUGUACUAACAAAGUCACUCAAUAAUAGGUAAAAAAAGAAAUUAAUAAAUGAAAUGAAGUUGUUGUUUUGUGUUACUCUCUCGUAUAUAACCUCACACUUGAAAGUCCUGCAUUCUGGAAUGAUUUUUUUUUUUUUUUUUUUGUAUUGUUGUGUUUUAUGUUUCAUCUAACCUGUUGCAUGAAGAAAUGUCAAUAAACAAGCUACUGAUGACACCUCUGUUUGGCUUCAAGAAUCAUUGACUUCAUGAAUCAGUCAAUCCAUUUCAUUGUUUAUCUAUGCACCCCAUAUAUGCAUGCAUGCUUUUUCACUUUUCUUGAGUUUCUCUGCUCUUCUGUGUGUCUAAGCAGAGCUUCCCGCACCAGUGAUAAAACUGAACUCCUCUCCGCUGAGUCGAUCUGGUCAGCAAAUACAAACACACAAAAUAAUGCUCUUUUUAGCAACGUCACAUGACCCCUUUAAUAUGGCUACCUUUUUUGUGCUUGUCCCUUUAAAUGCAAGAAGAGGACGAAGCUUCAAGAGCUCAAGCUUCGGCAAUAGUCUAUGGAGACUCCUAUGUUCCUUGGUACAUCCCAAAACACAACACUUGUAAUGCCUCUUUAGCGUUGGCAGUGUAUAUCUUCAAGCAGCUAAUGUUAUACAGCAAGAAAACAGUAAUGGCAGACUGCUGCUCCUCACUCAGGGUUGUGUUUAUGCUAACACGGCAGAGAGCAUCACAAAUGGGCCGGACUUUUGUUUUGACUGGCUGUCAAGGUGUAAAAGAAUGAAGUAAAAUGCGAACAUUUUGUAUAGGUGUGUCCCAAUUGGCAUUCUUAUGCACUAUUCAAUUUAAUUUUGUUUAGUAAAAGUACUGUGUACUUUUACACAAUUUUUUACACAAUUUUACUAAAGACGGCUCAAAAUUAUCUUCCCACAGCAUCGUAUACAACCAUAGAGCAAUGCCUUGUCAAUGCAUAUGAUCAGUUACACGACAUAACUGUUGUAUUUACGUAGGAAGUAAAAGCUUCUUCUUUUCAGCUGAACAAUGAAGACCUGCAUCCAGAGCUUCAGAGGCAGCUGAUGGAGCAGUUUGGCCUAACAUAUAAACCUGAAAUUCAAAACGCCUGUAAUUAGACUUAGAGCUAACAAGAUGAGCAAAAUUUCUUUAUACUCCUAUGCAUUCUGUCUUUAUAAUGAUGACUUUGUAAAAUAAUGCUACUGUAUAUCAUUUUGUGAUUCUUUUGUAGCAGAUCGUUUAGUUUUUUACUCUACAUUUUUUUUUUAACUAUGGCAGCUAACACUUUAUAACUUAAAUGUUUGCAAACGUGUAUUCCUCCUUUGUGAUUUUUAUUAUUUUUCCUGGCUUUGUAGAUGCAGCAACAAUUUUGGUAGCAUCAUGAAGAAUAAAAAAUCUGAGUAUAUUUCUUCUCAUAUUGUACAUCAAAUAUACCUCAGUGAUUAAGAAAACAAGUGGAAAAACUGUUUCUGUUUGAUAUAAAUAGGAGGUGAAAAACAGGCUAAUCAUUAUGGUCUUAUAAUAAUCUUAUGGAAAGACCCGAGUAUAGACUGUUGAGCUGCACAAAACAGGAAAAUGAAAAACCCUUCAUUUCCACCAUUAGGUCAAUACUAAGAUUAAAUGACCUAGAGACUUGUAAUAUGCAUACUUAUUGUAACUGGUCGGAUUUUUUUUUUUUUUUUUUUCAGUGCAGAAGCACCUAGUCAACCUGCAUAACCAAAAAAUGUGUUCAUGCCAAAAGUGUCACAUUAUUACUAUAUUUUUCUGACUCUAAAAUUAAAUAAAACCCUAAGGUUAAACGUAACUUUAAAAACAAAUAUCUUGAUGUCACUUUUGUGGCAUUGUAGCACGCACACACACACACACACACACACACACACACUGUAAUAUCUGAUAAGAUUUCAGAUAUGUUACCUACAUUUUCCAGUUUAGUGACAGCUUUGCAAACGCGUCGGGUUCAUAGGGUUCAUAGCAAUAAGUAUUUGUGCGUGGUGGGCGUGGCUUGCCGCAGAAACGUCACACGUAGUCCCGUCUGCCGUCAGUCACCGGUUGUCGCUAGGAUACCGCAGAUGCCUCCAGUUCCGGAGUUUACGGGACAAGUUUACGGUGAAUCUAUUUUGAGUGAGUUAUGGCAAAAUCGCCUUCUGAACCGAUAACAAUGCCUUCCUCUGGACGCUGGGACUGGAACGAUGAAACAAAAACCCUGGAGUUCAUACGUUUCGAAGCCAAAGAAGAGGUGAAAGAGAAGAAGAAAACAAAUACGUCUAAAUCCCAAGAGCAGUCCAGGAAGCCUCUGGAGAAGUGGCAAACGAAUACGGUGCGUCCCGCUCAACUGGAAGCCUUCAAGACCUCAUUAAAACGCUCACUAAUGGAAUGCGUCACAAUUCAGGAUGUUAAAUUGGCAGCAGUCUGUUUGCUACACAAGAACGACAGGUUUCCCAUUCCUCCACGUUUUCUGUCCCUGCUAAAGAGCAAAGAGCUGGAUGAGCUUCUCGCCAAACUCCUGCUCUACUUUUCUUGCUACUUUGAGAAGAAAGCUCUGGAGGAGAAACCGACGUUUGUCAUAGCCGGGCCAUCAUUACUCAGUGACUCUGAGAUGCAGAUGAAUGCUAAACUGGAGCUGGCACAAAGGCAGUUUGCCGUCUGUUACUUCAGUCUGCAGCUUAAGCUGCUCCCUCAUCAGCACCAGAUUUCUGACAGAAUCAGGAUGUCCUUAAACGCAUCCAUUGACCGUGACAUGCAACUAAAUGAGUGUCUCCUCAGAUUUUACAGCUAUGCUGCAUGGGUGACCUUUGAGAGGCGGGGCCUAAAGGGCAUUCGGAUGGAGAUCGGACGCUUGUUUGGCUCAAACGUGUUUAACCCUGCACCGAAUGAAUCCAAAAAUGAAUGGAAAGACCAGGAGAGUUCCCAGAAGAGUCCGUCUAAGUUUCUGAACUCCCGACAAACAUCACUGAAUACCUGGAAGUCAAACCGUCUUCCUCCCCUGAACAAAAUCAUAACCCAGCGUUCCCCGCUGAUGGUGUCUCUGCUGCCGACUCCACAAGAAAAGGCCCCUCACCUGUUUGAGCGCUCCAGAGGUCCUCAAGUGCCCUCGACUGAAGACAGUGAUUCAGAGGCGGUGAUGGAGGAGCUCAAAGAGCAGCUUAAAGAGCAGCUGAGGUCUCUGAGCUUUGGAAUCCUUGGAAGGCCUUUGAGCCAGUUCAGCCCCGAGACAUUGAAGCCUCAGGAAAGCCCGAGUGAAGAGGAGACUGAGAACGAGGAAGACGAGGGUAGUAACAGCAAAGUGGUGAGCGCUGACCCACGCGUACUCAUCAAGACCUCCGUCACUGGCCAAAGAUCGCUCACCACAGCUGCAGACAAACGCAUGCACUCCAGCCGAGCUGACUUAGUCUCCAGAGCCACCACUGAAGCGGUGUCCUCAGAUACAGAAUAAACCUGAAAACGCUGGAGAC